CCUCCUCCGGGAACAAUGAGUGUAGUGAUCCUUGUCUCUAUCCUCCUCACUGUGCUCGUCUGGGCUGCCUUCCUGCAGAGGAACAGAAGGAAGAAUGAGCCCCCACUGGACCGUGGAUUCAUCCCGUGGUUGGGUCACGCGCUGGAAUUCGGGAGAGACGCAGCCGCCUUCUUGACACGCAUGAAAGCCAAACAUGGAGAUGUGUUCACGGUCCAGGUGGCAGGGAGAUUUGUCACCGUUCUCCUGGAUCCGUUUUCCUAUGACCACGUAGUCUGGGAGUCCAGUAACAAGUUGGACUUUGGAAAAUACGCCAAGAUUUUAAUGGAGCGAAUGUUUGAUGUCACUCUGCCAGAUUUUGAUCCCGCAGUGGAAAAGGCCAUGCUACGAUCACAUCUGCAGAACCAGAACCUGCCAAGUCUAACCAGGACCAUGUUCAGAAACCUAUCCACCAUAUUGAAUGACGGCAGCAUGUCAGCAACAACAUGGCAGGAGGAUGGCCUCUUCAACUUCACAUAUGGAGUCAUGUUAAGGGCCGGAUAUCUGACUCUUUUUGGGUCGGAGUCAGUACAGCUGUCAGCACCAGGGAGGGAUUUACAACACUCACUCCACGUGUACAGAGAAUUCCGGAAGUUUGACCAGCUGCUGAUGAAGAGUGCCCGAGGCAUACUAUCUGCAGCGGAGAAGAAGGAGGCGGCUCUACUGAAGGAGAACCUAUGGCAACUGCUGGAUGCCAACACCCUGCGGAGGAGAGCCAAUCGGAGCAGCUGGCUGGAGGCCUACCAGCACCACUUGGAAGAACUGAAAGUACCCAGGGACAUGCAGAGUCGUGCCAUGCUACUGCAACUGUGGGCAACACAGGGCAAUGCGGGUCCAGCGGCCUUCUGGCUUCUGUUGUUCCUGUUGAAGCAUCCUGAGGCGAUGGCAGCCAUUGAAGGUGAACUGAAGAUGAUGCUGCAGAAAGUGAAGGGAUUAGAGGAGAUCGGCCAAAGUGAGCUGGAGAGUGCAACAAUAUUCAACAGCGUGUUGGAGGAAAGUCUCCGUCUCACUGCCGCCCCCUUUAUCACCAGAGAGGUGCUGACUGAUCUGCCGCUAAGGCUGGUGGACGGCACAGAGUACCUGCUAAGGAGGGGAGACAGACUGUGCCUUUUCCCCUAUGUCAGUCCUCAGAUGGAUCAAGAGAUACACCCAGAGCCUCAGGUCUUCCGCUACAACCGUUUCCUCAAUGCAGACGGCACAGAGAAGAGAGAAUUCUACAAGAAGGGCCGAAGGGUGAAGCAUUUUACCAUGCCAUGGGGAGCCGGCGCCAACGUCUGCAUGGGGCGAUUUCAUGCCAUCACCAGCAGCAUUAAACUCUUUGUCUGGCUUCUAAUCCUGAAUUUUGAAUUUGAGCUGAAGAACCCAGCAGAAGGGAUUCCGGACUUUGACCGCAGCCGAUACGGGUUUGGGGUGCUCCAACCAGACGGUGAUGUUCAGUUUCGGUACAGGAGGCGGAGCCAUCCGGGAAGAUUGUGA